CACCACACUACCCCCACCCCAAAAUAGUGUUGAGAAAGGAGAUUGUGACAGAACGGAUGAGAUAGAGUGACAGUCACAGUUUCCGUCUAUAUAUGUUUACUGUAUCUAUACAUAUAUAGAGAGAGAGAAAAACAAAAACACACACAUAUACUGUGUGGAAGAUCAACCAAGAGUUUUCUUUUCCCCUUUCACUUUUUCAUUUUGUCCGUUUCCUCUGCUCCGGCCGACCAACCACCGGUACAAUGUUCGUCAUCUCUCUCUAUUUCUCUCUCCUCUCUCUAGUCUCAGUAUAUGUAUACGUAUGUAGAGAUAUGCAUAUUACUAUGUGUAAUGUGUGAUUGCUGUAUGUAUCUGUUCAAUCGCUUGUGAUUUUUUUUUUUCGUUUAUGAUAUAGUGAUCGUUUUGAGAGUUGAUUUCCUUUUUAUUUUAUCUUCGAGUGUGUCAACGGGGAAAUGUUGAUGUAUGAAUGAGGCUACCGGCGGUUGUUUCUGGUAUUCUGCCUGUAAAAUUCGGUGUUACUUCGGAUUUUGUUUGAUCAAACCGUUCUCUUGUCAGUUUCUUUAGCAAAGAUCAUUAAAAUUAUCAUCCACAAUGGAUGGAAAUGGAAAUCGACAAAUGGAAGUCCAUUACAUAAACACAGGAUUCCCAUACACAGUCCCUGAGAGCUUCAUGGACUUCUUCGAUGGAAUUUCACAUCAAACUGCACAUUUUCCUCAUUCGGGUCCUAUCCAUGAUCAGGAGCAUGCAUAUUGGGCAAUGAAUAUGAGUUCAUACAAAUACGGAUUACCUGGUAUUGGAAAUGUACCUUAUUAUGAUCCAUAUGAAGCUCACAAUUAUGCACCAAGAAUGGAUAUGAAUCGCAGUGCAUGGGAGUAUCCUGUAAUGAUGAAUGUCACAGAACCUGUUACCACAGAUGUUCAAUCAGCUGAGAAUUCAGUUCCAAGCAUGCAAGCUAUUCCUGAAGAAUGUAGCCCAAAUCAUGACAGUGCUUCUAGUUCUCAGGUUGUUUGGCAGGAUGACAUCGAUCCAGACAACAUGACAUACGAGGAAUUACUUGAUUUAGGAGAGGCAAUUGGGACAGAAAGUCGAGGUCUUUCUCAAGACCUAAUUGAUUCCCUUCCAACUACAAGAUACAAGUCUGGUGGCUUCUUCUUAAGAAAAAAAUCCGGAGAGAGGUGUGUGAUUUGCCAAAUGAGAUACAAGAGAGGGGACAAGCAAAUCAAUUUGCCAUGUAAGCAUGUUUAUCAUACCGAAUGUGGAUCAAAAUGGCUUAGCAUCAACAAGACAUGUCCUAUUUGCAACGUGGAAGUUCUUGGUGAGGAACCAUCGUCAUCAUCAAGCCGCUAAAAACUCAUUGAAAUGGAUGUGGUGUUAGCUUUAUAUAAAAGGUGAAUAUGAACGACUGGGAUCCCUUGCUUUUUUUUUUUUUUUUUAAAUGUUAU